AUCACAUGACUGUAAGAUUUUUAAGGAAGUGACUUUUAAGGAACGCGUGGAAACUGUGAGAAAUCAGUGUGUUAAAAAGGUGUGUAUUUCAGACAUGGAGAUCAGCUUUGUGUUGCUGUGCGUGAUGCUGGUAGCCAGUGUCACACCAGCGUCUGCUGCAGCACAGCCAGGUAUCAUAGAGCGCCUCCUAUUGGCCACCCACCAGCGUCCCUGGCUCUGGGGUAUCUAUGUCUUCACUGUUGGACUUCCCAUCAUUCUCUUUAUUAGCUUCAUGUGGCCUGACAAGAGGUUUGGACCCCCUGAUCAAGAGUAUUACUACAAGAAGUCUGAUGAUGCUCAACCAGAUGAUCCAGAGUUCUCAAAGCUGAUAGAAUCAGGGGAUAUCAAAGAAAAACCUGACAGAACUGCAACAAGGAAGAGAGACAUUCAUGGUAACCAGAAGUCUGACUUAGACCUGGAGGAUAAUUGAACAGUGCAGCGACCUCAGGGGACAAAGCCACCACCAACAUGCAAGAAGAUGCCGGGCAAUCACAUCUAUGGCCAGUUGUAUUUGAUGACUGGACAAAACUACACAGUGUGAAGGCAACAAUGUCUGAGCACUGACUGUAGUAUGUUUUUUCUUAACUGACAUGAUGUUAGAAUAGUUUGAAUUUCUGAAUUUAUACAUGUAAAAUAAUAUUUCUAAAUGUUCCUAAUGAAUGUGUUAAAGCUCACACGCUGCCAAAAACUAUAUAUUGUCUUGUCUCUGCCUAUUAAAUGGAAUCAAGGACUUUUCUCAGGGUACAGCCUCAGAGGUUACAUAAUGUAAUACACAAUGUCAGAUGGCUGUGUAUGGAGCUAGUGCCACCACCUGAUGGCUGCUGAAGGCACUUAAUAAAAAGUUCGCUUUAACAAAAUG